UUCAAAAGAUCCAAUGUGACCGGUGUGGUUACCCUUCUUGUUGACUCCCAACCAUUGUCCGUUUUCUGUCACAUUGGAAAUUUCGGGUGCGGAGAUGGAGGAUGGACGCCAGUCAUGAAGAUUGACGGCAGAGAGGUGCAUAAUUUUAUUGAAUAAUUUAUUUCCUGUAUAAACCCACUUUCUUUCAAAACGUUGCAAGUUAAAAACGUGCGUGUUACAUAUGUAUGUAUGUAUGCCUUUAGUUGUCUUUCAUUGAGAAGGUAAUACAUGAAGAACAGACUUCGUUCAACGUAAAUUUUAAGACUUGUUGUGUGUAGGGACUGUUGAAAAAGGAUGAAAAAGAAUGCAAAAAUAUAUUCUAACAUUUUUGUCUCAAGUAGCAUGUAACGGCUAUUUAAGAAAUACACACCAUUAAGAUCGUAAUUCGGUUAAAAGCUGUCCGGAACAAACAAGAUAUCUUAUCUCAGUUAAAGUUCCACACUGGUUAAUAAGUAUGUAGAUAUCACCCUGAUUUAAAGAGCUGUCACUGCUCAUUCCCCGAGCAGCGGGAGGGAGGAUAGGUAGAGGAGGAUUCUUGGAGGACUAUAUAACAUUAGGAGCCAAUUAACUUGCCAAUAAGGAGAAAUCGUUGAUCAUAGCAAUAUUACAGUCUUAUGGGGAGAUCAGGUUACUUUUAUCGUGACAUAACCAAAAUCCAAUCCUUUUUUUUACGAUGGCGUAAUCUCCAAGGUCAAUUUAACGGUAAAACAAAUGAGUAAUGGAUUAAUAAAUGCAGAUACACGACAGGGCUUUGACAGAAAAUAUCCAUUAAUUCGGAGUUAAUUAAAAAAAAAAAUUAAUUGCUCCUAUAUUUCAGACCACCUUCCAUUAUGACAAGCAUUACUGGAUAAAUUACCAAGGAUACAAUCUUCCCGGAGGAGAGACUGGGUUCGACGGACAAGAGUCAAAGCUACCCACCUACUGGAACACAUCCUUCUCCAAGAUCUGUCUCGGUAUGAAGAUCAACCAACAGCUCAGGUUCAUUGUCAUCCACAAGCAGGCUGACUCUCUGCACUCACUGAUCGCUGAUGGCCAAUACCGCGCCACCUCACUUGGUCGUGACGAGUGGAAAGAGUUGAUUGGUUCCCAAGGCUCGUUACAGGACAACUGCAACAAAGAAGGGUUUAAUGUCGUUUGUAGUUGGAGUACAUAUUCUAAAGCCAGAAUUGGUAUUGUUAGCGAAAACAAGAAUGAGUGUGGCUCGUGCGACUCAAGGAUCGGUUUUGGCACAAAAGGGCAACCUGACGAUUCAAACACGUGUGGUAACGAGGCCGUUAAUAAUCCAGAUAAUGGAAACAAACACCUCAAAGCCAUGGGAUACAUCUUGGUACAAUAA